AAAAUUUAGAUAUCUAACCUAUUAUUGUUAUUAUUUCGCCAUAUGCUCUUAUUGCAGUUUAUAAUUGGUAUAUAUUGGCCAAUAGGAAUGCGAGCAUACUGAUGAAGUUUUAAUGAAGUCUCGAUACCUUACGAACAUAGCAGUUAGGUUUUCAAAGCAACUGAGCACUGACAAACUCGAAGUCUGGUCAACAAUACAGAAACUGGAAGAUAGAGAGAUCUUGCAAACUCCAUUGGGUUGAAACUGCAACCUGUGAAGUCAAUAUGCCAGGCGUGCUGACAUUUCUUCUCCUUAUCUCGCAAAUAGCAGUCGUUGCAGCCUGCCCUGGCUUUUGUCAUUGCGAUAGUUCUUACAUGGCGAACAAAACAGUGUGCCGCAGACAAGAUCUUUGGCUUGCUCCCCCCGGCGUCUCGCCACACACCACACACCUGGAUCUCCUGGGAAAUCUUCUUAUUACCGUGACAAGAGGAUAUCUACGAAACCUGAGACAGCUCUUAGAACUUAACUUGGGAAUGAAUCAGAUUGAUUACAUCGCAAGUGGAACUUUCACAGACAUGGCUAAGCUGGAAUUACUAGAUUUGUCUGGGAACCAGUUGACCUUCAUCAGCGAGGGAAUGUUCACCGGACUGAGAAACCUGACCACGUUGUACCUUAGUGAGAAUCGAAUCACGAGGAUCGAGAGCGGAAGUUUACUUGGCAUGCACAGGCUAACACAUCUGUUCCUGUUUAUGAAUGAGAUUCUCGAUCUUCCCGCGUCGCUCUUCUGGGGAACACCAAAUUUGAAAAUUCUCUCAAUCAACAGGAACAAUAUUACAAAGCUGCACCAGCACCUCUUUCGUAAUUCACUGCAUCUGGAAUACCUAUUUAUGCAGUUCAACGAACUCAUCACCAUCCCUGACGAUACCUUUGGAAACACGUCUCAUCUGCGAUACAUAUUUAUGGAUGAUAACAAUCUUACUACAAUAAAGCCAAAUACAUUCAAAGGAGCCCGAGCCCUCGAGAUUCUAUCUCUGACAAAUAACGUCGCCCUGAAAACCGUCGAGGACGACACGUUUAAUGUAGCCAACUUGCCUAACCUGCGUCUCAUGUACAUCCUCAAUACUCAACUCGUCCGCAUCCGCAUGAGCCAGUUCAAGGAUCACCAGAAGGUCGGCGUCGUCAUCUCUCCAACGGUCGCCAAGUACCCCAUCAUGGCGGCCAACGACUCCCGCCUCCAGGGAGGACUGGGACGGAACGGGUUCACUUGUGACGGCGACCAGUGCACUCCAUGUCACUUUGGCGAGUUCCAGACCCGUGAGAACGACACGUACUACUGCAAAAAGUGCCCUCCAGGGGGAUUUUACCAGAACGCUGUUGGACACUUCGGGAAAAUUGCGGGUCUUACGGGAUGCCGUCCUUGCGCCCGCGGGACGUACGUCAAGGUGUCUACGGCGCCGGGAAAAGUCCGCUUCACGUGUAAAGUGUGCCCAGCAGGUACUAGAACCGAUCAGUGGUCAAACUACCGGGGCUGCUUCUGCAUCGAUAACUUCUACCGUAAGCACAGAUUUGGAGAGUGUGAGGCUUGCCCCAAGGGAGGUAUCCGAGGAGUGCUGUGUAACGAGACUCAACUUGUCAGGGAAGGAUACUGGUGGCAGUUCAGGAACUAUAAUGAAAGCUGGGGGUAUCAGUAUUUUCUCGACACGUUAAUGGAGCCGUAUGAUAACUACGACCUCCGCUAUCUCGGCUUCGAUGGGGAGUUCCCCAAGGCUUAUCCCUGUCCCCGCGCCGCCUCGUGCCUAGGCCUCCUCAACUCCGUGAGGAAACCGUGUGAGGAUGGGUACGGUGGACCUUUGUGCGAGGUGUGUGAAAAAGGGUUCCACAAGUCCAUGUCUCGUUGCGUUAAGUGCCCGACCUUGCCAUGGUUGAUCGUCCAGCUCUCGAUGAUCGGCUUUAUCUUCCUGGUCAUCAUCUUGAUCCUUCUGAGAGACGAGCGAAAGGAGAAGUACAAGAACCGCACCCUGACAGACGUGGUGCUCGCUAGACUUAAGAUAGUGGUCGGCUUCUACCAGGUGACAUCUGGCACGCUAGACGCUUUUUCGUACAUCGAGUGGCCAGAUGCGCUACUUCAAAUGACAAACUACGCCAAGUUCCUACAGCUUAACCUUGUGCAGAUUGCUCCUCUUCACUGCUUCACUGACUCGCUGAAGCUAAGUGCGUACGAUGGCUUGGUACUAACCGUUGGGCUAAACUUGGGCGUGGUAGUCCUGUGCUUGCUCUACUACAACAUAAAGAAGCAAGUUGUGCUCUGCAGUAGCGACCGUACGGAGGAACAGAAAAUUGACGACAUACACUACUCCAAAUCCAACUGCUACCGAAGUGCGUUCCUUAUUCUGUUCAUCACUUUCCCCGAAACAAGCUCUCGCAUCCUUGGAAUGCUGCCUCCGGCCUGUAUGGAACUUUGCCAGGACAGAGCGCGCAACAACUGUACCGAUUACCUCAAGGCUGAUUAUACAAUCAACUGCUUUGACGAUCGCUACAACAAAUACGUGAAAUUCGCGUACGCAGGCUCGGUCUACCCAAUCAUCUUCCCACUCGCCACCAUCUUCAUCCUCUACACAUUCUACUACCGGAAGUACAUACGCCCUGGCGCACGCAUGAUUUAUGACAAGAAGCCUCUGGCAGUAGUCGAUGGGCUCAAGUUUGUCUAUGAAAACUACAGCUCGCGUUGCUGGUACUGGGAGAUUGUGGAGAUGAUUCGAAAGCUGGUUCUAACUUCCGGCCUGUCUCUGAUUGGCUCUGAGGGACGAACAUACGUCGGCAUGGCCGCAAUGGCGUCUGGAUUUUACGCUGUUGCACAUGCGCAGGCUCGACCAAUCCCAGAUAACUUUGAGCACCUUCUGCAGUUGGCCUCGCUUGUGGCUACGUUCUUUAACUUGAGUGUGGGAAUGCUGCUGAGAAUCCCCAAGGUGAUGACGAACUACACUAUCGAGAACGACAAGGACUCGGUGGGAGUGACAGUCAUUCUAAUCUUUGCAAACAUCAUGGUCACAGGACUUGUUGUCGCCCGUUAUGUGAUAUCCCUGGGCCAGAGCUUCCUGGCCGUGGUACGGAAUCCUCAUUGUAGUUGGGAGUGCUGCCUAUCAGUGGUACUUUCAGUCCAGGAAGCUGGUUCCGACUUGACAGAUAUGAAGGAUGUAGGCGCGCAGGACUUUAAGGGAACGCUCCAGCAAGGGGAGACCUUCGAGAUCACCGGAGUACAGGGGACUAUUGGUGACAUGGGCCUUCUUGACAUGGGAGUGGAGAAUCAGGGAAUGGAAAAAGAGGAUGAGCUAAUGGGGCCAAGAGAAGACCCAGUCGGCGAAGAGGCGCCAAAAUUACACAAAGUGACAACCGAGCUGGGUAAAUCACCACUCAGGCGACUCAUACAAAGACGACUGAGAAGACAGAAGGAGUCAUGCGAGUUUCCAAUAGAGCUAGAAGCCGCUGAGACAGUAAUUGAACUCCACGAUGGACCAGUAAGCCAGGAUAUGGGCCAUCGAUCUUUUAACCAAGGAAUGAUGAAUGAAGGAUUCGCACUGGGCGGUUAUGAUCGAGGAGGAGAAGGCUACAAGGGGAUUGUCAACGAAGCAGCUGACGUCGAUGACCUUGAGGUCAUCAACGUCGAGCUCCAACAAGUCACUUCAACACCUGAGAUGUUCAAACAGUGUGGUGGUGUCCCUCAAUCGCUUUAUAAUAUCAAGGAGAAUUCAGGCGUGACGGCCAAGCCAAAAGAAGAGCAGGGAAGACGGAAUAUUAGCGAAGACAGGGAUGCUGAUGACCAAGCUGGAAGUCAGUCGCUUUAUCCUGAUGUUAAGCAAAAUGCAGGAGAAAAGGUCCAACCAGGAUAUCAGAAUGAACGGAAUAUUAGCAAAGACAGGGAUACUGAAGAUCAAUCUGAUACAUUAGCUGUGUCAAGUGAUAACAUUGUGCCCAACACCGAACCGUGUGCUCAAGCCGAUAACUUCACACAAAAAGAAGCUGAUGGGAUUCCAAACCUAAAAAAGGAAAAUAUGUCUGUUUGCAGAGCUGUUAUGAUGGAAAUGCUGGGAGAACAGUCGACGAAUGACGAUCAGGUCAAUGGUGGUCUGAUGAGAGCGGCUGAAGGGGGACAGGGAGGGGACGUAGAAUAUGGUGAAGAGGAGGGAAUGUCGGCACACAGGGGAGUGAAGGGAGAUCCAGUACGUGACGCCCUGAUGAAUGAAGCAAGCGGAGAAGAGAGAGUAACAAUCAAAAAGGGAAACCCAGUUAGUGACGUCCAAACCGUGCAAGACCAUGCAUCACAUGUUGCUGACGUAGAGAUUUGUCUAACAAGUGGAAUGAGUGAACGCCAAAAGGAAAAGAAGGCUGGUGGUCUAGAGGGCGGUCAGAGAAAUGAAGAACGCGCCAAGGAAGCCAUAGAUGGUGGCCAGGUGAUUGAUCACGCGGGAGAUGCUCAUCUUAAUAAAUGACUGAGACAAGAGGAGAUACCACUAUGAACAGUGCGCACGAGGAGCGGGUGAAUAACUACAGGUCAUAGAUUAAAGACUCUAAAACCGACUAGCAUAACGCUGAUCUUUUGCUUAUUUAUAUAAAUAUUGAAAUUGCAUGAUUCAUUGUGAAAAAAGUAAAAUUAGAAUAGCAAUAGAAUGAAGUAGCUGUAGGAUGGAUUUGACUUCUCAGUCUAAUUUUAAUUAGUUCUCUAUUGACAUGUGCCACCGUUUGCAUUGAUUUUUUGCCGCAGUACACGACUAGCCACACAAGUCGCAGCUUUAAAAUGGACCGAAACAUCCUACUAUUGGUGCAUUUUGUAAAAAGAAAAUUGUACAUGUAUACCCUUGCAUACUUAUAUUCCUUAACAAUAUAAAGGGUACGUAAAAAUAUAAAGUCACGUAAAGACUUCCAUUAGUGAAGGAUACGAUUGACCUUUUCAUGAUGUAGAUAAUGACAAAGCGUUCGAUCUAAUCACACGCUUAAAAUGCGUUAAUAGCUUACGAUACUCCUCUGUUCAUGUCUAAUGCAAAAGAGUGUUUUGGUCUGAAAUGUGGUAAAAUGCGAGUAAAUACUAAAGACAGAGUACCAAACAUAAGACUGUUGAAUGUGCUGUAGGAUCUGCGUUCCCUGCUAGCAGAGGCCUCUUUUCUCUGUUUUAAUCCGUAUUUCGGGCUGGCGUUCGCGAGGAAAAGAAACCUCUGCUAUGGGUCGAAACUUUGUUUGAUCAAACCGUGGACGGGGAGAUCCAGAGCGCAUGCUCCGUUCAUUAUUUACUGGCCACUAUUUGAGCCCAUAAGACUAGCGCAUGCGUGAAGCGUAUAUCCGCUGCGGGAUAACAAGCCCGCAUUCGAAACGACUUCCUCGGUAGAAAUAUUACCAUUUGAUGCCUCCUCUUCAUUCAGAAUUUUCAGAAUCUUUUGCCUACCGAGUCAAUCUACCGUUUAAAGCUUUUGCAUAUUCUUCUGGAAUAAGCUGAUCUAAGUUUCAUAUGAAGAAAACGUUGUCGUUUUGGGGGUCUGGUACCGAGGAAUCUUUGUUUUUAGAUACUUUCUCUAUAGAUUAAAGAUGGCCACAGUCA